CUCGAACGCGGCCAGUUCUGUCUAUUGUGUUUAUGUUGAGCUCUGCACAGUUUUCUUGUGAAUGGACGCAGCGUCACGGUUAAAGUUUGUUACCUCUCCUGACGCCAUGGACUGGAAAACCUCUUAGAUAGCGAUCACCUGUGCUCACAUGCAAACAUGAACAAAGGCUGGCUGGAGCUCGAGAGCGACCCGGGGCUGUUCACUCUGCUGGUGGAAGAUUUUGGUGUGAAAGGUUUCCAGGUAGAGGAAAUCUAUGAUCUUCAGAGCAAAUGUCCAAGUCCUGUGUAUGGGUUCAUCUUCCUGUUCAAGUGGAUCGAGGAACGUCGAUCCAGGAGGAAAGUCAACACUUUGGUGGAUGAGACCUCUGUCAUCGAUGAGGAAAUUGUAAAUGAUAUGUUCUUUGCUCAUCAGCUUAUACCGAAUUCAUGUGCCACCCACGCCUUGUUGAGUGUGCUCCUGAACUGCUGUGGUGUCGAGCUUGGCACCACUCUGAGUCGCAUGAAGGCUUUCACAAAAGGCUUUAGUCCAGAGAGUAAAGGUUACGCAAUAGGAAAUGCCCCAGAGCUUGCCAGAGCACACAACAGCCAUGCCAGACCGGAGCCCAGGCACCUGCCUGAGAAACAGAAUGGAAUCAGUGCAGUGCGAACAAUGGAAGCGUUCCAUUUUGUGAGCUAUGUGCCCAUCAAAGACCGUCUCUUUGAGCUCGAUGGACUCAAGGCUUACCCCAUUGACCAUGGGCCUUGGGGAGAGGAGGAGGAAUGGACUGAUAAAGCUCGGCGAGUUAUCAUGGAGAGGAUUGGACUGGCCACUGCUGGUGAGCCAUACCAUGAUAUCCGCUUCAACCUGAUGGCGGUGGUGCCUGACCGCAGAGUUAAGUACGAGUCCAAACUGGAGAUUCUGAAGAGAAAUCGACAGACUGUUCUCGAGGGUCUACAGAAGAUGAUCAGGCUCACCCAGCCGGAGCUGGUUCAUGACAAGAAGCAGCAGGACUCCCCUUCACCUGAUGACACCAAAGUGAUCAAGAAAGAGACAGAUGUGGAGCCAAUUACAUCUAAGGGGGCAGCUCCAGGAAACACUAAGGUCAUGGGCAAACCAACAGUCCCCUCUGGAGGAGGUACUCAGCAGGUCACCAGUCCCAACCAGACUGUUCAACGUCUGCCUGCUUUCCUGGACAACCACAACUACGCCAAGCUUCCGAUGCAGGAGGAGGAGGAUCUCGCUGCUGUAGUUGGUCGCUCUCGGAUAUUGGGGCCUCCCAAACCAUCAUACUCCGAUGAUGAAGACUAUGAGGAUGAAGAGGAAGAAGUAACUGGUUCUACAAGCACUUCGAACAGGUUUAGGCGGAAAGCAAGUCUGCGUUCACGACCAGGACGGGCUGUGACUGGAAUGGAAAGCCAGAUUGCUUUGACUGUCUUGGCUGAGAAACUGAAGAAAGAGGCCCAGAAGAAAGAGGCCCUAAAUACACCUCUCUCCGUACGCACAGAGGGCCGCACGGGGGGCAUUUGUAUCACAUCUGCUUCACAGCCCUCCCCCACGCCCAGCAACGAAAGCACCGACACAGCCUCCGAGAUCGGCAGUGCCUUCAACUCCCCACUGCGCUCGCCUGCACGCUCGCAGGCUGCGACACGGCCGUCCAGUCCGGUUGCAUCCCAUCUGUCCCGUGUGCUGUUUGGGGAAGAUGAAAGUCUCAGGCUGGACUCUAGACAUAACCGUGCUGUGAGAGAACUGGGUCCCUCUGUCAGCGUAGCCAUGUUACACCUUCAGGAGGAUGGAAACAUCUAUGCUCUGCCUCCAUCUGUAGAUUGUGCUGCUGAGGGUACAAAGCAACCUGAGAAGAUAAAGGAGGAAGAGCAAGCAGGAGUGGUAGCAGGAGAGAAGGAGGGAGAGAAGCAGGGACCAUCUGUAAAGGUGAAAGAAGAGGAGAGCAAAGAUGGAGCAGAGGUGAAACCCAGCAAGGAAAAACUCCCUGCUACGGAUACUGCUGCAGGCAGCAAGCCCGCCGGGGAGAAGUAUUCACCAAAAGAGCUGCUUGCACUGCUUAAGUGUGUAGAAGCCGAUAUCUCAAAUUAUGAGGUGUAUCUAAAGGAAGAAGUGGAAAAGAGAAAGAAAUACAAAAUAGACGAUCAGAGGAGGACACACAACUAUGAUGAGUUUAUCUGCACCUUUAUUUCAAUGCUGGCCCAAGAAGGAAUGUUGGCGAGUCUUGUCGAGCAAAACAUUUCUGUGCGCCGUCGCCAGGGAGUAAGUAUCGGCCGCUUGCACAAACAGAGGAAGCCGGAUCGCAGGAAACGCUCUCGACCUUACAAAGCCAAACGCCAGUAAUCACAAACAAUCAUAACGCCUGUAAGUUACCGAGAAAAAUAAGCUGCUGCUCUCCUGAAGUCCUCAUUCAGACGGAAUCCUGUUGCAUUUUACUCUCAGCCUCGUCUUGUUCAUGACAUCCACCAUGUAUUUGAUCAGUUCUUUUAUCCCAUGUGUAAAUAUGUACCUCCAUUUUAGACUCAUUGUAAAUUUUCUUCCCGUGCCAAUGCUAUCUACAGUUUGUAAAUAUGAAAAAAGGCAUGUCCCCAACAAUGCACCUGGUUGCUUUUUAUUGAAACUUCUUCCCUGGAGUCAUGUGGUCAAUACAAUACAGUGGAUUUAUCUUAAACACCUCUGUAAAUCACACACUUUGGUGACCAUAAGUCAGAAUCUCUUCAGCUGUGUCCAUCUCUGGUGAUUUCACGGUGCCAAUGAAGUAUUGAAUGUUUUGACGGAAAAGGUCACAUUUUAUUCAUCCACAGCAUUUCAGCCUCACUUUACUUCUUGUAAGUAAUUCACUGUAUAACAUGAAAGAAAGCAUAUUUUAAUCACAUUCUUCAUAGGUGCUUUUAAUAUCAAGAAGAAGUCACGAUGCAUCAGGUUUAGUUUGUUUUCCUUUUCAUUGGAAUGUCCAGUCCACUGAGAGUCUGUAUGUAUUUCUCUCGAGGUCCUGCGAAUGAAAAUCAAGCUCUUGUGUUAUUUUUCUACCUGAACUGGAUCUCAGAGUGAGUGAAUAUUAAAUUGGUUGUGUGCAGUUGUGUGUUUUGUACAUAUGUAUCUGUUAAUGGCUCACUUGUACAAUGAGUUCAGUCAUUCUUUGUGCUUGCCAAUUCAUAUUAUAAAUAAAGUAGGU